UGGAUGUUUCUUGUGUUGCAGGGUAAUUCCCAAGACCCUUAUGCCAAGAGAGAUCACAGGCGAAACAGUGGGUGAAGUAAGACCGGUUUCGGACAUGCAUCAAAGAAAGGCUGAAAUGGCCCGCCAAGCUGACGCUUUUAUUGCUUUGCCUGGCGGUUACGGAACGCUGGAGGAAUUGCUGGAAGUGAUCACUUGGGCUCAGCUCGGAAUCCAUGACAAACCGGUUGGUUUGUUAAAUGUGGAUGGCUUUUACAAUUCGCUGCUGAGUUUCAUAGACCAGGCUGUGGACGAGGGUUUUAUUGCCCCCGCUGCCCGUCAUAUUACCGUUUCUGCCCCCACGGCCCAUGACCUCGUGCGAAAGCUUGAGGAAUAUGAGCCGCGACACAAUGGUGUAGCUUCACAGUUGAGCUGGGAAAUUGAGGAGCAGCUAGAGUACUCAUCCAAAGUUGAUAUGGCACGUUAACUCGUCAAAAUACAACUAACAAGCACUUUUCAUAAUAUCAUCAUCAUCAUCAUCUGAGUUUUAUUCCUUCUAUUUAAGAUCAUCAUCAGCUACACAAAUCUUGUUUUUUUCGCUACCUGAAUUAUCAACAGCCUAUGGGCCCUAGACAUACAAUAUGUGUAAUCCUGCCUUUUUAUACACGGUCCUUUUUGUAACCGUGUAUAAAUUCGUACCCUUAGACAAUGCGAUUUACUUUUCUGUUUUGGUGCCUUUUA